CGCGAAUGAAAUUUUUCUUGUCAAUAUGAAGGCUUCAAGUUCGCGAAAUAUUUCGCACCAUCACUUUUAUUUACUUUUUUUACUACCUACCUUUUUUUACCAAAUUAGUUUGAUUCACUGCGCGUGGCAUCAAAUCAGAUGUUGAACCGCUUGAUAUUAAGGUUUCGUUGCUGUCACCAACUGGUAAGAAACCGUUCAACUCCACAUCCAGUUAGUUUGUCGUCCAACCGGUUGAUUCGAACAAUGUCCACCCAAAGUGAUUCACGUAAUAAAUUUGACCUUCCGCUGCGCUAUCAGGGGAGUUCGAAGAGUGUGUGGGUGGAAUACAUUCAGCUUGCAGCGCAGUACAAACCGCUCAACCUUGGCCAGGGCUUUCCGGACUACCAUCCACCAAAGUACAUAACGGAUGGACUGGCCGCAGCCGCUAACAGUGCCGACCCUUUAGCCAAUCAGUACACAAGAGGGUUUGGCCAUUCUCGGCUUGUGCAGGCUUUAAGUAAGCUUUACUCGGGUCUCGUAGGCCGCACUAUUGAUCCUAUGACGGAGGUUCUGGUAACGGCCGGCGCUUACGAAGCCCUGUUUGCUACCAUUCAAGGUCACGUAGAUGUAGGCGAUGAAGUGAUUAUUAUCGAGCCGUUUUUCGAUUGUUACGAACCGAUGGUGAAAGCUGCUGGUGGGGUACCUAGGUUUAUUCCUCUGAAACCGAAACCAACGAAAGGUAUUGUUUCGUCUGCGGAUUGGGUGCUUGAUAAUGCCGAGUUGGAAUCGCUGUUCAACGAGAAAACAAAAAUGAUAAUCAUCAAUACACCCCACAACCCCCUGGGGAAAGUGAUGAGCCGCGAGGAACUGGAAGUGGUGGCUCAGCUCUGUCACAAGUGGAACGUCCUCUGCGUGUCGGAUGAGGUUUACGAACACAUGGUUUUCAAACCAUACGAACACAUUCGGAUAUGUACCCUACCGGGCAUGUGGGAACGUACGAUUACUAUCGGUUCCGCAGGCAAAACAUUUUCGCAAACUGGUUGGAAAAUUGGAUGGGCCUAUGGAAAUGCUCCACUGCUCCAUAACCUUCAGAUGGUACACCAGAACUGUGUGUAUACUUGUUCGACCCCAAUUCAAGAAGCCAUUGCUGUAGGUUUCGAAAAGGAACUACAAAGACUUAGCAGUCCCGAGUGCUAUUUCAACAGCAUUUCCGGUGAAUUGCAGUCGAAACGGGAUUACAUGGCGCAAUUCCUGGCUGAGGUUGGUAUGAAUCCAACCCUUCCGCAGGGAGGCUAUUUUAUGGUCGCCGACUGGUCAUCGUUGGCGCCUAAAUUGGACCUCUCGUCGGAAAGUGAUACGCGGAAGGACUACCGCUUCACCAAGUGGAUGACUAAAAAGGUGGGACUGCAGGGUAUUCCACCUUCGGCAUUUUACAGCGAGCCCAAUAAGUAUUUGGGCGAAAAUUUCGUUAGAUAUUGCUUCUUUAAGAAGGAUGAAAAUCUCCAGGCUGCCGCUAAAAUUUUGCAUGAUUGGAAAAAGAGUUUGUGAACUAAAGUAACGUGUAGGCUCAAAGAAAAAAAAACUAGAAUCACAUGAAAUUGGAAUUCUUCAAUAGGUUUAUUUCGCUUAGCGAUAUCAAAUUAGGUGCAUUUUUAAUUUGACCAAUUGUGAAUUAGAAGAGGAAUAAACUUAAUUAUUUUUACAAGCAACAA